ACCAUUUCAAACAUGGAACGCCAAACACCUAUUGACAUUGAGAAAGGCCACCAAGCUCUUGAUGAAUGGUUGAAAGGACGCCAUCGCGGUAAAGCUCCUAUUAAACUUCCUGAUGCAAGCAUCGCAGACAAGUCGGUGGCCGCUCCCUUUGCCCAGGGAAAAAACACAUCCGAUCCCAAUGCCUCGGCCUAUGAUAUGUUCCAUGAUCCCAAGAACCACCCUGAUGCAGUUGGCGCUAUUCUUACGUACUGUGGUACCAAGAUGGGUUACACCCCUGCUUCUUUGUCGCAAGCCGAAGCCGCUGAAAAGUUUACCGACUAUAUCGAGUACGUAACAACAUUCCCUGGUUUCUUUUUAGAGCAUACUUCCGACGAAGGUUUUGAAUUGACGGAAGUGAACGUGCAGCUGAUUGCGUCUCGGCUCAAGGAUGCGUAUGACGGCUAUGUUUCGGUGGACGUGAACCAUCUUAUCGACUCCAUCGAAGGUUUGAUCCAGGCCGUCAUGUCCGAGAAGCAACAAAGUGCAUACAAGUCUCUGUUUGACCAAUCUCCCGUGGCCAACGUGGAUGGCACCAUGCACAUUUUCAUCAAUUGGGUCGUGCUGAACAUGAGCAAGACUCAGGAUGGCAAGACAACCGUGAUUACCCAGAACUACAAGAUGAAGUUCGCUCGUUUGAUCUGUAACCGAACCUAUCUCGUCACCUAUGCCCAAAAAUUGGCCGACGCUAUUGGUGACGGCAGUUUGGACGACUGGAUCAAUCAAGGCACCUCGAACCAAAAUCCUGCCAUUAAGAGCUGUGUCAACAAGAUCCAAUAAUUAGCAUGUCUUUGGGUUAUAAGGUGUCUGAAUAACUUUUUCAAUAAAGAUUUGAGAUGGGGGGUUGUAUAAAUAAAAUCAGUGUUAUUUUGUCAAUCGAAUUACCCAGGCAACACUGCUUUUCUAAUUUUGCGCAGGUGCCGGUUGCCACUGUUUGGCUGCAGAGUUCAAUGAAGUCCGAUCAAGCAACCAAUGUCAUUGGACAUGCAAGGAACAAAUUUGCAUUUCCAUUGGUGCAUGCUAAGUAAAAAGCAUUUGUGACAUC